AUGCUGUUACUGCAGGAGGCGGUUCAUCAUCACAGGAGCAGGUUCCUCAUGAAAGGAAAAAUCUUUCUGAUCCUGGCAAGAGCAGAAUUCGUAAUCAGAAUGCCAGGGCACGUGCUCAUUGCACUGGUCAACUGCUCUGAGUGGGUCAAGAACCACGUCUCCUCAGGUGACUUCAUCCUCACCUGCUUGGCCAUCUUCAGAAUCAGUCAGCUGUUGGUGUCGCUGUUUGAGUCAUGUAUACUGGGACUUGGUUCACCUUUACAUACCACUUGAAUACUAGCAAAACCGAUUGGUAUGCUUUGGAGUGUAAUUAAUCAUUUGACUGCCUGGCCUGCCACCCGGCUCAGUUUCUACUUCUUUAAGAGAACCCACUUCUCCCACUUUCUUUUCCUCUGGCCAAGGUGGAGAAUGACCAGAGUGAUUGUUGUGCUUGUCGUGUUUCUUGUAUUUUGUUUGUUCUCAAUGAUUUUCAGUUUCCUAUGGCUACAGAUGUUUGCUGAUCCUUGGUUGAAUACCUCUAUACUAGAUAAAAGUAAUCUGUCUUUAUAUUUAGAUGUAACUAAAACUCUCUGUGUUAGCAACCUGGCUCUUCUUACCUUGACCUAUUUUGUCCCCCUCAUUCUGACUCUGACCUCACUGGUCCUUUUAUGGUCCUUGGGGAGACACACUAGAAAUUAGGAGCUCAGCUCCCUGGACCCUAGAGACUCCAGCACAGAGGCCCACAGGAGGACCAUGACAGUGGUGAGGUCUUUCCCUCUCCUCUUCAUAGUUCAUUUUUUCCCCACACAAGUGGCAAGUUGGAUAUUUUCUAUGUUUUGGAACAAUAAGUAUGCAAAGUUUGUCAUGUUAGCAAUAAAUGUCUUUUCCUCAGGCCACUCAUUUAUUCUGAUUCUGGGAAACAAGCUGAGACAGGCAGCCUUGAGGAUACUGUGGCAUUGUAAGGGCCACUUGAAAAGAUCAAAACCUUUGGGUUUCUAG